AUGGUUCGUAUCUCCGACGUGAAGCAGCAUUUAAAGAGAAGACACACAGCACCUUACCCCUGUCCAAGAUGCUCUCAGGGCUUCUUGUCGCUGAACCUACAAGACGAGCACAUAUUGCAACAAAACUGCUCACCAGGGUCUGGGGCGAACUGGGAUAGUGUGUCAUUGACUUCGCAGAGAUCCCUGCAAGCUCGCUUUGCAAAAAGCCUUUCACCAGAGGCACAGUGGUAUGGGGUUUGGAAGAUUUUAUUUGGUGCACCACGCGGUACCAUGCCAAAGCCGCAUCUGGAUGGGGUCGUUAAAGAGGUUAUCGGGAUUCUGCGUGGCAUUUGGCUGGAUGAAGGCCGACAGUUGAUAUCUGAGUUCGUGCAGGCGAGUGACCAGCCGCCUGACUACACUGGCGAAUUAAAUAAACUCCUUGCUCGGCUUCUCGAUGAGGUUGAGGCUCGCUUCGAACAAAAGCCUUCUGAGAAGGUUUUCGGCAAAACAUCCGUUAUUUCUGAACUGAGCCCCGAGGAAUCUGUUGGAGUGCAGUUGGAUACUAUCCCGCACUACAUUACGGAGGGACUUGACAGCCAACCGCUCGUUGCGCCCUAUGACACUACAAACUUGCCUUUCGAUUUCUCGGCUGCACCAUCAGAGGUUUCUGAGAUGUCAUAUCAAACCUCAGAACUCAGCUUCCCUGGAACGCAGCUUUUACAGGCUCAAUUCCCUUAUGCUGAUAAUACUGUACCGGACUUCAACUUUUGGGAUUACAAUCAGCAGCAAACUCUUCCUAUGGGCGGAGCUAGGUUGUAA